CCCGUCAACCGCGAAACGAACUGAUAUAAAGUGACGGAUUUGUUAAUUUAUCGAGAUUAAUAGUUUCGGAGCUUGAAAGCGCUUAGGUUAUUUGGUUAGGUACCCGGCUUUCCGAAUUUGGAAAGGGAACAUCAAUGGAAUAGUGAUUAUUUUUGAUUUUUACGUACGUGGACAGUUUGGACUACUAAUUUAGAAAAAAAACAGACAAAAUUUAAGAAAUGGCACCGAACGUACGCUCUGCCCCUACCGGGGUACUACACGAACAAGACGACGAAAUCGCACCAACAAUUGUACCACCAAACAACAGUAAACCAUCCGAAAGAAAACUACAACUGGUAUGGAGAAAUAUCAUUAUUUUCGCUUACUUUCACGCGAUUGCAAUCUAUGGAGUUUAUCUGAUGGCAACUUCAGCUAGAAUUUAUACAUCGAUUUUGGCUGUUUUUCUAUAUCAAAUGAGUGGAUUUGGAAUAACGGCCGGAGCACAUAGAUUGUGGUCUCAUCGGGCUUAUAAAGCCAAAUGGCCGCUCAGAUUAUUGUUGACCAUCUGUAACACUUUGGCUUUUGAAAAUUCUGUUAUUGAAUGGUCCAGAGAUCACAGAGUCCAUCACAAAUACUCCGAAACCGAUGCUGAUCCGCACAAUGCCAAACGUGGCUUCUUCUUCUCUCACAUGGGAUGGCUUCUCGUCAAAAAACACCCUGACGUUAUCGAACAAGGCAAAAAACUGGACAUCUCGGAUUUAUACCAAGAUCCAAUUCUCAGAUUCCAACACAAAUAUUACUUAAUACUGAUGCCUUUGAUAUGCUUCGUUUUGCCCGUUCCAAUUCCCGUGUUGCUUUGGAACGAAACUUGGCUCAACUCUUUCUGCGUCAACAUGUUCAGAUUUGUUUUCACUCUGCAUGCUUCUUGGUUGGUCAACUCUGCUGCACACAUGUGGGGUCACAGACCUUAUGACAAAUUCAUCAACCCAUCAGAAAACCUUAUGGUUUCAAUCUUCGCUUUGGGUGAAGGUUGGCACAACUACCAUCACACCUUCCCUUGGGACUACAAAGCAGCUGAACUAGGACAAUAUUCAGUCAAUUUUUCAACUGCCUUCAUUGAUUUCUUUGCCAAAAUCGGUUGGGCUUACGAUCUCAAAACCGUAUCCGAGGAAAUGGUUAAAAAACGCGUAGAAAGAACCGGAGAUGGUAGCCACGAAAUUUGGGGAUGGGGCGACAAAGAUCAACCGAAAGAAGAUUACGAAGACGCUAUUAUCACUUAUCAAAAAUCUGAAUAAUUAUGUGGUUGUUAAAAUAAAAUUAAUACUAAUUCGCAUUUUUAGAUUAAAUUAGAUUAACAAAAAAGUGAUACAUUUUUUAAUAAGGCUAUAUUUUUAUAUGAAAUUUGUUAAUAAUAAUUAUAGAACUGUUUUUAUUUUGUAAUUAUAUAAUUAUUAUCGGAAAUAUUUUAUUAUUUUUAUUUCACAAUUUCACAUAAUAAACGAUGAAUCAUG